AUGGCAGAGUCAUCGCAAUCGGCAGUUGCCAUUGGUUGCAGUGUAGCAGUAGUAUCGUCAGCGGUACAGUCUUUUGGAAUAACAUUGCAAAGGAAAUCACACUUGUUGUCAAUCGACAAACUGCAUAAACAAAGCCAGAACCAAACCCAUCUUUCGAGUGCUCACAAUGGUACUUGCAGUGAUGCGAAUGAAGGAAGUCACGAGUUACUGCUAUAUCAACACCAGCAUAUCCAGACACGUAAGCGCAAUAUGUGGUACUUUGGCUUUACUCUUUUUAUCAUUGCCAAUGUCUUGGGUUCAGUUGUUCAAAUUUCAACUUUACCAUUGAUAAUUUUAUCGCCACUUCAAAACAUUGGACUCAUUUUUAAUUCGAUUUUCAGCUGUUUGCUUUUAAAAGAGGAUCAUUUCACUACAAAGUUGUGGAUCGGUACAGCGAUAAUUGCAGUUGGAGCCUUUACCAUUGCUAUGAAUGGUUCCUCUGGUAAUGGAGGAGGGUCCGGUGCUGGUCACCUUAACCCUUCUAUUCCAAUAUCAGAGAGGUUUGAAAAAAUCUUACACCGCUUAUUUUUUUCAUCUUUCUCAAUUUGGUUUUUUGGGACGUUUGUGGCCAUGUUUGCUUUAUUCUUUAUAAAUUACAUUUACUUAAGUCGCAAACUUCAAGAGGCAAACCAGCAUCGACAAAGAUACGCUAUAAAAAACGGAAAACGCGACAUUUUACUUGUGAAAUUUAACAAGUAUCAGUUUUGGAAAGGUAUAAACUAUGGUAUCAUUAGUGGGACCUUAACAGCGCAUACGUUUUUAUUUGCGAAAUCUAUCAUUGAUGUCAUAAUAGAAUCAAUCAUAAGUCGAGAAUCAAAAGAGAUAUUCUCGCAACCAACUCCUUAUUUACUUCUAGUUGCAAUGCUUAUGAUUGUUGGCUUACAACUUACUAGUUUCAAUUUGGGCUUGGCUCAUGUCACUACUGCUGUGCUAUACCCACUUUGUUUUCUUGUUUACAACUUGAUAAACUUGAUCAAUGACGUGGCUUAUAAUAGACUACUCGUUGAUCACAAGAUGUCGAAAAUACAAUUUGCAUGGAUUUUGGUGGGUUUACUUGCCGUUUUGGUCGGAGUUCUUAUUCUCAGUUUGGAUGCUUCAUUUCAGGGUGCUAAAUGCCAACAUCGGGACAAUGACGAGAGAUUUUAUGAAGACUAUCCAGAUAAUAAUAAACUUUCAACCCUUGACACAGCAGGUAAUACCCAGGACUUGCUUGCCAAGGCAAAUCGAUAUUCGGAGCAAACUGCAUUGUUAAAGACGUUUGUUUCCACCGAUUCAUCAAACUCUACAGAGAAUAAUAUUUUGUUACAGCAGACUCCCGUUGAUCUGUUAGACUCUGGUGAACAGAACCAGUUGAUAAAUUUAGGUGAAAUAGAAGAUGAAGAGGAGAGGGAAGAAUUUGCAAAUGGGGAUGUGAAUAGGGAUGCAGAUGGGGGAGCAGAAGUUGAUGUUCAUGAUGGUGAUGUUCAAAGAGAGUCUUUGGAGACGUAUACAUCUCUCUUGAGCUCUCAUGACGGCCUGUUCAAGCGCAAACGACUGCUAACGUAUGAACAAGAUCAAUUGAUGAAACUGCUAGGUAUAUAA